AUGGAGAUAGCAGCCAUGGCCAAAAUCAUAACUUGCCUUCUCUUUAUCACCAUUCUUUGCUCUUUCAUAUCUCUCAUUAUGUCAACAGAGGCAGAGUACCAUCCAGAAGAGUAUGGACCUAAUAGUCUCAAAUCAUACCAAUGUGGAGGAGAAUGCACGAGGAGGUGCAGCAACACAAAGUACCAUAAGCCAUGCAUGUUCUUCUGCCAAAAGUGUUGUGCUAAAUGCCUUUGUGUCCCUCCAGGCACUUACGGCAACAAACAAGUGUGUCCUUGUUACAAUAACUGGAAAACUCAACAAGGUGGACCAAAAUGUCCAUAAGGAAGAAAAUGGAAGAGAGAAAACCCAAAUCUAAUAGAAAAUCCAACAAGGUGGACCAAAAUGUCCAAAAGAAACGAGAGAAACCUAUCUAGUGUGUUUUCAUUGUGAUGAUAAUGAGAACUAAAUGCAGUUAUAUAUUUGCAUGUAUUUGUUUUUAUUUUAUCAUUGUCAUACUUCUUCUCUUAUGAUUCCACGUUUCUUUCCUAUUUGUCUUUUGUUAACUUUUCCGAAUCACUAGACGAAAAGUUUGUGGACCUUCUAAUAUAUGAAAACUAUAGAAAUUAGUUAUUUGUUCUUUUGAUUUUGUAGUGAAUAAUUAAUAAUUAAUCUUUGUGAUAUUCUUUUGCAUAUGACAUUCUGUAUUGAAAAAACAUAUCAAAAAUGAAAUUACAUUACAAGAUUAU